AUGGCCUCCUCUCUUCACCCUCUGAUCGAUAACGGCAUCACUCGGGGCGACCCGAACUUCCCAGGUGGUACUCUGAGCUGCCACUGCCCAUCCGACCAGGUCGUUGUUGCAUUGAAAAGCAACAUCGCCCACAACCACGCCUGUGGCUGCAGCAAGUGCUGGAAGCCCAGCGGGGCCUUGUUCUCCAUUGUCGGCGUGAUCCCCCGCGACAACCUCAGCGUUCAGGCCAACGCGUCGAAGCUCACCAUCAUCGAUCCUUCGGCUGUGAUCCAGCGCUAUUCCUGCCGCGACUGCGGGGUUCAUCUGUAUGGCCGCAUCGAGAAGGAGCAUCCAUUCCGUGGGCUAGACUUUGUUCACGCCGAGUUGUCCGACCAAAAGGGCUGGCAGGAGCCCCAAUUCGCCGGUUUCGUGUCCUCGAUCAUUGAGCAGGGUUUCAACCCCAAGGGUAUGGAUGCGCUUCGAGCCAAGUUCAAGUCCGUUGGACUGGAGACCUACGAUGCCCUGUCCCCGCCCCUGAUGGAUCUGAUUGCAACUUUCACUGCUCAAAAGGCUGGCGUGAAGUUUGCAAAUCUAUGA